CUCUCAUCCAUUGAUCUUGUGAAAUAGCUGCUGUCUUGUCCCUAAGUGAAGGUUGAACCGAAGGGUCAAAGUCCAUUUAGACCCCCACGUGAUAUCGCGUUUCUUCUUCGCGCCGCGCGGUUUCCACCGAAGUAAAUCCAUCCUCAACUUUCUCAACUUCCCUUCAUCCUGCGGCCAGUCUCGGAGAUGCCCGAGAAAUAAGAUGGUCAGCGCGAACACCAAGCGCCGGAAGGUCGAUUUGGACUUUUACCUUCACCGUGUCUUCCGUAAAAAGUCGUUCCGGUGUGUAGUAACUCUUUCACACAGCAUGUCCGCCAUUAGCUAACGCAAACCACCUGUCCCAUUUGAUAGUCCCCUACAGCGCGAGGUGAUUACAGCAGCCGUAGAAGGCCACGAUGUUUUCUUACAGGCAUCGACAUCUUUUGGAAAGAGCCUGUGCUUUCAAUUGCCGGCGGUAAUCAGCCAUGGCGGUUGGUUUGUCCUCCACUACAUACAAUCGAGAACCCCAUCUGACUGAGAGAACACUGCUCUGCUGUCGGUGUUCGUUUCUAAUAGUAACCAUUGUCAUCUCACCUCUACUUGCAUUGAUGACAGAUCAAGUCAACGCUCUCCAAGCCAUCGGCGUCCCGGUAGCUACCAUCAACUCGACUACCCCUCUAGCAGAGAGACGAGAAGUAAUGACAGACCUGCUCUCGGGCCAUCCGAGGACCCGACUUCUCUACGUCACGCCGGAACUCUGCCAGACAGAGAUCUUUCGACGAAACUUACAAACCAUCCACAGCCAGGGAGAGCUAAGUCGCAUUGCCAUUGACGAAGCCCAUUGCAUUAGUGAAUGGGGUCACGACUUCCGACCUGCCUAUAAAGAGCUCUCCUGGUUCAAACGGGUCCUACACACCCCUUCUGUGCCUAUCAGCGCCCUCACAGCCACGGCCACCCCGCGCGUGCGCUCAGAUAUUAUCAGCUUGCUCGGACUGGACCCAGCACAUCUGCGGAUCUUUAACACCCCCUCCGCCCGUCCUAACAUCCACUAUGAGAUCCGAUUCCUCCAAGACUACGUCGAAGAUGCAGCAGACCCCCAAGACUUCCAGAUCAAGGACCUCGUCUCGUGGUUCAAGUCCAUCCAGCGCCGUCGAGAGGCGCGGUUGGGCGCCACCAUUGCCGCUUCCUUGCCCCCCGUCUCAGGCAUCGUGUACGUCUCGCUACGCUCAAUCUCCGAAAAGCUCGCCAACGUGCUGUCGACGGCGUGGGACGGAAACAUCCGCGCUGUAGCUUACCACGCCGGCCUCUCCUCUCAAGAUCGCACCCGCAUCCAGACGGAGUGGACUUCCCCCAAUCCCACACAGGAACACGAUGCCAGUCAUCCCUCGCCAUCUUUCUAUGUCAUCGUCGCGACCAACGCCUUUGGCAUGGGCAUCGAUAACCCGCACGUCCGCUUUGUCGUUCACUGGAGCCCUCCGCGCAGCUUUGAGGGCUUCGUCCAGGAAUCCGGUCGUGCCGGCCGCGACGGCCGCGCCGCCACCUCAAUCGUCUACUAUAACACGCAAGAGCGGGACCGCGUGCUCGAUCGCCUUCGCCGUGACGUUGAGAACGCAUACAACCGCGCCGGAGGACCCCGACCUGCAGGGAACGGAAACAAUCCCAACCCCAACAGCAACCGCCUCUCGAACAUGGAAAACCAAUACGCGCGCCUCCAGAGCUUCCAGAAAGUCAUCCAGUACUGUGAGUCGACCUCGCGAUGCCGCCACGACAUGAUCAAGGAUUUCUUCGGCGACCUAGAGCUCGAAUUGAUGGGUUCACAAGCUCCCGCGACAGAGUCCGCUGCCUCCUCCUCGCCCUGUGACUUUGCCUGCGACUUCUGCAAAGAAGGACCCGGGGGGUUGGCGAAACGGAAGGCCACAAUGCCGCCGGAGAACGACCUGGCCGAGUACCAGGAUUCCGGCGUCGCUUAUUACAUGCGGGACAUGUUUCCGUGGUCGUUUGGUGUUUGAAAGAGGGGGGUUUGUUCUCAUCGAAUCUCUUGUCCCGGCUUUCUUCUUCCUCUUCUGCCAUGUACAUGUAAUAGAUAGUGUUUGAUGUUCGGUGUACCGGGACUUAUGUUUUUACUAGUUAACGCGAUCAUGAUCGA